UUUUAAAUAAAAAUGAUUUUUAUAAAUUUUUAUAUUAUUUUUAAUUUAUUUUUUCCAAUUUUAUAUAAAUGUGUGAGUUGUCAAGACACUUUAGAAUCGCAGGGCACUCAAGCCCAAAAUACUCAAUACUCUCAAAAUAAAGUUCCUGAAAAUUCUACUAUGAACCAAUCCAAAGAUCAAAAAGAGGCUGAAAAUCCAUUGCCCUCUUUUAAUAAUGAAGUAGUUGACGUUAAUGAUACAAUAAAGGGUAAUGUGUUGAAAGAAAAUCCAGUUGAAAAACUAAAUGAAUUGUCGCGAGAUAUAUCAAAGGAAAUAAGGGAGAAUCCUUACUAUAAAAUACCAGAGUUAACUAGAAAAAUAAGGGAGAUUGCAGUAUUACAUCCAGAUGUUAUGGAAAAAUUGGGAGUUUAUGUAGUUCCAAUUAAAGAACAAGCUGAGGAAACAACUGAAGAGGGUCUAGGGGGUGAAAAGGGUGAAUUAGUCGAGGAUAAAAAAGAUGAAAACAAGGAAAAAGAGUUAAGAUCAGAAAUAGAUGAAUUGAUGGAUAAAACUGAAAUGAUGGAGGCCAUGACUCCUGAGCAAAAGCUGGAAUACAUACCACAAUUGAAGGAAACAAUUGUUUAUCAAAUACUCAAAAAUAGAAAUAUGCUAAAGGAAUUAUCAGAUAAAUUGGGGUAUAAAAACGUCCAAGAUGCAGUAAAUCACCAGGAAUAUCAAAAUUCAGAAGAUUUUGGUAAUUAUGGAAAUAAUGGAUAUUACCAAAACUAUGAUCAAUACGGAAACAAUGGAUAUUACCAAAACUAUGAUCAAUAUGGAAACAAUCCAGAUUACCAAAACUACUAUCAGUAUGGAAAUAAUCCAGAUUACCAAAACUACUAUCAGUAUGGAAACAAUGGAUAUUAUCAAAAUAAUCCAUACUAUGGCAGUUAUGGAUACUGA